AAGAGAGAGAGAGAGAUAGAACAAUGGCGGCCUCAAUAGGGGCUCAAAAGGUUUCCUUCUCUUCUUCGACCCUUCAUAGCCUAUGCAGACAAAUACCUAAUUCUCUAGCGCCCAGGUCUCUUCCUGCUAUUUCCUCUCCUAUCCUAAUUAAACCCUUAAAGUACAACUCUCACGGGCGUGGUUUCUUCAAUCCUUAUCAUUGUUUCACGGUUCGAGCGGAAUCCAGUAACGGCGCGGAACCUCGACACUUCGAUUUCGACCUGUUUACGAUUGGUGCUGGGAGCGGUGGUGUACGAGCGUCUCGUUUUGCUGCUAAUUACGGUGCCUCUGUUGCAAUCUGCGAGCUUCCCUUUGCUACUAUUUCAUCCGAUAGUACCGGUGGUGUUGGUGGAACUUGUGUACUGCGGGGAUGUGUUCCAAAGAAAUUAUUUGUGUAUUCAUCCAAACAUUCCCAUGAUUUUGAAGAGAGCUGUGGCUUUGGAUGGAAGUAUGAAUCCGACCCUAAGCAUGAUUGGGGCACUAUGAUGGCUAACAAGAAUGCUGAGUUGCAGCGCCUUACUGGAAUCUACAAGAACACUCUAAAAAAUGCAGGGGUGACAUUAAUUGAAGGACGUGGAAAGAUUGUGGACCCACACACCGUUGAUGUGGAUGGGAAAGUAUACACGGCAAGGCAUAUUCUGAUUUCAGUUGGGGGACGGCCCUUCAUUCCUGAUAUUCCUGGAAGUGAAUAUGUUAUAGACUCUGAUAUGGCACUUGAUUUGCCCUCAAAACCCAAGAAGAUUGCAAUUGUUGGGGGUGGGUAUAUAGCUGUAGAAUUUGCCGGUAUUUUCAAUGGUUUGAUGAGUGAAGUCCACAUAUUUAUUCGGCAGAAGAAACUUUUAAGAGGCUUUGAUGAGGAGAUCAGAGAUUUUCUUGCUGAACAGAUGUCUCUAAAAGGAAUUGAGUUACAUACAGAGGAAUCGCCUCAGGCAGUCAUAAAAGCACCAGAUGGUUCACUCUCUCUAAAGACAAACAAAGGAACUGUUGAUGGUUUCUCACAUGUUAUGUUUGCAACAGGACGUAAACCAAACACAAAGAACUUAGGACUGGAAGCAGUUGGGGUGAAAAUGGCCGAGGGUGGAGCUAUAGAGGUUGAUGAAUACUCCCGAACAACGGUUCCUUCUAUUUGGGCUGUGGGUGAUGUUACAGAUAGAGUGAAUUUGACUCCUGUUGCAUUGAUGGAGGGAGGUGCAUUUGCAAAAUCUGUGUUUGGGAAUGAACCCACGAAACCCAAUUAUAGCGCCAUACCAUCUGCUGUGUUUUCUCAGCCACCUAUCGGACAAGUUGGUCUUACUGAAGAACAGGCUGUCCGAGAAUACGGUGACAUUGAUGUCUUCACAGCAAACUUCAGACCCUUGAAGGCUACUCUCUCUGGACUCCCAGACAGGAUCGUCAUGAAACUCAUAGUCUGUGCUAAGACAAACAAAGUUAUAGGGUUGCAUAUUUGCGGGGAAGAUGCAGCAGAGAUAGUUCAGGGAUUUGCUGUUGCUGUGAAAGCUGGACUGACAAAGGCAGACUUUGAUGCGACAGUGGGUAUUCAUCCUACAGCUGCUGAGGAGCUUGUCACAAUGAGGAAUCCAACCAGGAAGAUUCGAAAGAGCCCACCAGCCGAGGGAAAGGCUGACGUUGAGUCUAAAGCAGCGGCAGGUGUUUAGUGUGUAAGCUCUUAAGGUAUGGUACCCUUCAGAUCACUGGCAAAUGACAAAAAGCAAUUAUCUAAAAAAGAAGUGAAGUCACCCAAAAAAGAAUCUCCAAAGAGUGUAAUGAGAUGCAGGUUUUGCUGCCAAGUGAAGCCAGACCUUGUUUGUUUUGCAGUAACUAUAUAUUAGAUGCUCUUGGCUAAUCUGUGAUAGUCCAUGUUGUCCCAUCAGAACAUUGAUGUUGAGCAAUUUUUGGAUAGUUAUAAAUAUUGUAAAGAUUAUUUAUUUUUUAG